AUGGAGCACGAGCUAACUUGUAUAGAACGUUUUCAAGAAAUCAUUAAAGUGAUACGCGUUAUCGCUAAAAUGUGCGGCUGCGAUAUUCUUAAUCCCAACUAUAGAAUGAAUUUCAUAACAUGGCUUUUAAUUGUGGGAGUAAAUGGUUUCUUCUUAUGUACCAUUUAUACGAUUUACAAGGGUAUGGCAAUCGAUCAUGAUUGGACUGUUAUACCAGUCUGUUUGUGCAUUAUUGGAAGUGGUAUACAGGGUUUUGCCAAGAUUUUGUUAGUAUUAAAGUAUCGAAAAGUGAUCGUAGUUCAACAAUAUUUUUUGGAAAAUGUUUAUACCGUUUAUCAGCAGAAAACCGAACGUUAUCGUCAUGUUUUAAAUCGUUGGUUAGCUUAUACAGUGAAAACUUAUAAACUUUGUGCGUUUAUGUAUGUUUUUGUGGGUUCAAUAAUUAUCGGUUUUCCAUACAUUUAUUGGUAUAUUUAUGGUAUACGAAUGAUGAUAAUGCAAUUUGAAAUACCUUUUGUCGAUCCUAAUACCGAUGUGGGUUAUAUAAUACAUACGUUAUAUCAUUUUCCCAUGAUCGCUUGGGGCUGUUUAGGUCAUUUUAUGACCGAUAUUUAUAUGUUUAUGUUUAUUAUUAAUGUACCGCUAUUGAAGGAUUUAUUGGAACAAAAAUUUUUGGAUUUAAAUGAAAUACUUGAAGAGACCAAUGAAAGGGAAAAAGUAUUCCCACUACUUAAGGAUAUCUUUCAAUGGCAUCUACAAUACAAUGAAUUUAUAGCAGGUGUCGAUAAAAUCUAUCGAACGAUUAUAUUCAUAGAAGUAACAACCUGUGGUCUCAGCAUUUGCUGUACAAUAUUUUCGAUUGUUUUAGGCGUAUGGCCAGCUGCUUAUGGUUACAUAAUUUAUCUAAUCUUUUGCUUGUAUUCUUUCUGCAUUAUGGGCACAUUGAUAGAAAUAUCGAACGACAAUGCAAUCGACAUCAUUUACACUGUUUCCCAUUGGUACGAAUUAAAAGUUCCCGAGCAAAAAAUGAUUUUAAUUAUGCUGAGUAAGUCGCAGAAACCCAUUGAACUUACGGUCGGUCAAAUUUUGCCUUUAUCCGUAAGUACCGCCUUAAAGGUUACUAAAGGUGUUUACAGUUUCUUAAUGCUGCUGCUAAACUUUUUGGAUAAAUGAUUUGUUGCAAAUUUAUUGUAAAAUUCUUUUUAGCAACGAUUUUAAUUAAUUAGCGAAGCAAUAAAGAUUUUAAGUAAAAUUUUGGUUAUAAUUGCAAACACAAGAAGCAAUAAACUUAUCUGCCAUUCAUAAAAUAAUUCAUUUAGAUAAACCCAAUAUAAUAUAAGGGAGGUUCAAGCACCUUUCAAUAUUUUUCGGACUAGCGUACAUUCAGCGUAGUGGCAAAGCUCAAGUUUGAAAUGGCGGUUCGCUUGCUAGAUUAUGCCUAGCUUGGCGAUGGCUUAAAGAUCGUUGCAUCUAUAUAUUCUUAGGUCCACCUGUGAGGAAAAAACUU